AUGUCUUCAAAUUUAGAAAGGAUUUCAGCAGCACAUACUAAUAUAUUUGAACAUAUUAAAAAGGUUAGAAAGCGAUUAACUGAAAAAAAGAGAUGUGUCGAUUUUCCAGAUCCUUUAGAUUGUUCUAAUCAAGUAAUUGUAGACUGUCCACCUACUUCGAAUAAUGAUGUUUACGUUAAACGUCAGACUACCAAUUUCUUUGAAGUAACUCAUAAUUGUACUGCUACUGCAGCCUUGUGUAAUAAGAUCAAAGAGGCCUUUAAUGACGCUGGAAAAGAAAUAUCAAAAGUAUUGAAGUUAAAAGCAAUAAUCAAAGUAAAUGCUACUUUUACAGACCUUAAUAAUGCAGCUGUAUUAGGUUCUGCUAAUAGUGCACGAUAUAUACCACUGACCUCAGAUGAUAAGAUUAUAAGACGCUAUCCUCAAGCUCUUGUGAAGCAGUUUUUCUUAAGUGUACAUCCUGAAUAUAAUGAUUACGAUAUUAAUGCAAGAUUUAAUUCAGUCAAAGAUUGGUGGUUUAGAACCGAUGACGAACCGAUCGGUUCUGAUCAACAAGAUUUUUAUGCAGUUGUAUUACAUGAACUUAUACAUGGACUUGGAUUCUCAUCAAGUUGGAAUAGUAACCUUGAGACUUUAGAUAAUCAAGAUACUACUGGCCUUACUCCUACUUUCUCUUUCAAUGAUGGCAACCAAUUUGAAGGAUUUACGGAACGUAUUUUUGAUAGAUAUGUAAAGUUCAAAAGAAAUAGUGAAAUAAGCACCUCGACAAAUUACACUUCCCAGUUAAAUGAGGCGGUACCUAUUGGAGCUUCAUUCGAUACUUACUCGGAAUUUGUCACUCAAGUAAAAUCAUCUUCACAAUGGAAAUAUGCAGAAUUUGUACUUAUAUCGGCAACUACUAAUGAUAGUUUGACCUUUACCCCUGCGAAAAACACAAGUUGGAAUGAUGAAAUUUAUUUAGAAUCUAGUUUAAAUCCUUAUCUUCAAGGUUCUAGUAUAAGUCAUGUCAGUAUAAUAUAUGAAACGACUUCCGAUUUUUUGAUGAAAUAUAUUUUCAAUCGUGGAGAAUCACUAGAAUAUUUAGUCCAAAGAGGUGGGAAUUACUCAUCUCCAAUUGGUCCCAGAAUUUUGUCUAUACUUGAAUCAAUAGGAUAUGAAACAGAUGCUUUCUCAUAG